AUGAGAAUCUCAUUCAUCUCCUUCUCCGCGGUCGUCCUGACCACCCUUCUUUCCUCUGGAGCACUUGCUCAAGAGCCCGAUGACCUGCAAGUGGCACCAACUGGCUUGGAUGCCACCGACAUGGCAUCUGCUGAUUUUUCACUGGAUGCUGAUAUUUCUUCAUCUGAAGAGUUUCCAGAUGACAUUGCCAUUGAUAACGGUGGUAUUGACGAAGUUGACGAUAACCAAGAAGACGUUAUUGACGAUAACAAUGUUGAUAAUAACGAUACUGAGACUCCCGCUGAUGAUGCUGUCGAAAAUGGCGGUGAUGUUGACCAAGGUGAUUUCAACGGAGGCGUCGACAACGGCAACAAUAGCGGCGGUGGUUUUGGUAACACUGGUGGUAUCGAUCUAGGCGGAAUCAACCUUGGUGGAAUCAACAUUGGCGGUGGCGGUAACAGCGAUAACGAUUUUGGUAAUGGAAAUAACGGCAGCAACUCUAAUAACAACGGAGGCAAUGCCAAUGACAACGGCAACGCCCUCCGGAUCCACUUCAACCGCUACGGCUCCCCACCAACCUACAUCCUCUGGUGUGACUCGCCAUGGCAGCAGCACAACAGCACCCAGCCCUACACACUCUAUCAGCCCUACCCGCUUGGCGCCUGCUACGAAGACAGCAAUUACAAUGCCCAUGCUGCACCUGCCCUGAUCAAUGCCCGGAUCAUGACGGGCAAGAGCCAGAUGGAAAACUCCCGCGUUAUAUUUUACCUGGGCUACGGAGCCAGCAAGCACACGGCGAAUGUCAUUGCGAUUAUUGAGGUGCCAGAUAUCCCGUUGGUUAUGAGGGAAGGUGAGGCCGUUACAGUAUCUAAUGGCAAUAUGGUUGAGCGGCAGGAGCUCGAUGCUUUCGGGUGGGGUGCUACUGGCGUGAAGAAUAUGCAGGGGUUGCAGAGUCUGACCCAGCCGCGGGGCAGACGGCGACAUACGGUGGAUUUUGGACGCAGUCCGUGGACAUCAGAGACGGCGAUGACUGAAAGCGAGUUGCAGCAGCAGCGCGAGGCCUUCUGGGACACGGCACCGGCGUAUGAGGGCCGGAGGGAGGUGUGGCAGGCGCUGCAGUUGGCGUGCGAAACCGAGGACGCAGAGAUGGCAGCGGUGGUUCUGGAGAGCGCCGGGGUGACGGUGCCCACGGGCCGCGUGCUCGAUGGCGUCUACGAUGAGCUGGGCGCGCGCUAUGUGGUGCCGCGGUACUGUCUGAGUCGCCCGCAGAAUAUAGUCAGCGCGGACAGCACCGGUGCUGGGGUGUGCAUGGCAAAGGAGUCGGAUUUGGUGUCAGUGUCGUCAGCGGGCGAGGCGAGUCUGGUGGCACAUGUGACCGAAGUCACCGUCCGCCUGGCCAUAGGCAGGGACGUGGUGGUCAAGCUGGCGCAGGACACGACGCUGGCGGCAGUCGAGCGGGUGCUGAAGGAGGAGCAUCACGUGCCCACCCACACCCGCGUGCGCUUCUUCUACCUGGGCCGCGUGCUGGAUCCAGCAAGCGUGCCACUGCGCGACCUCAAGCUGGGAUCAUCUGGCGUCAUCCAAGCCAUGUAUUCGUAA